UAGUUGUGGAUCUAAAAUUAACGGGGAGGGUGAUGCAAUAAAUAGUUCUUAUUAAGAAAUUCUUCUGUUUUCUUCUUCUAUUUCUCUUAAUCAAAAUAUAAUAAUCAAUCAAUAAUGUUCUUAAUAAAUAUUGUCAGAAGCUACGUUUGGAACAACCAAAAAUGCAUACAACCUGUAAUUUCAACAUAUCUACAAGUGAAGCACAUGGUCCAUCAACAACAACGGACCUUCACAUCAAAACCGCAGGAAUAUCUGGCCAUUGCAAACCUUUCUCGCAAAUUAUGUUGUACGGAAGAUAUUGCUGCACAGAUUUAUAGUGAUUUUCCAGCGUUACGGCAAAUUAAUGCAAUUAAAACAGAUACACUGGAACUUCUUCGUGCAAAUCUGUCGGCAGAGUCAAUAUUCGAGAAUCCAUCACUCCUCACAAUAGAUAUCGAAUACGUGGACAAAAAGAUAGAUGUGUUAAAAUCAUUGCAGCCGAAGAGUCUUGAUGAUUUUGCACCGUUAUUAAGACUCAGUACUUUUAAACUUAAGAAACUUGUUGGCGGAUUAUUGAAGGAUAAAUAUGAACCUGCAAUUCAUGGACACACAAAUCGUAUUUAUUAUUUGAGCGAACGUCUUCAGGUUGAACCACAAGUGAUUGCAAGAUCCAUUGCCAAUGGUAAAUGUGAUUUAUCAUGUACAACAUUUCAAAAUUUUGACAAAAAAUUAAGAUUAUUGAUGGACUAUGGCAUGAACCCAAUGAUAUUGGCAACCAAUUUGUUUGUUCUUGGGUGCAGUGCUGAAAUGUUGCUGCGUCGUUCUGAAUGUGUACUAUCUACUGGAAGGCCGUUGAAAGGGUGGCAUUUUACUUGGUCACAAGAAAUGUUCGAUGAGUUAAUUGAAAAAUACAAAUUGGAAAGAGCCGAAAAAGGGACUGCCUUAUCCGCCGAAAUGAUGAUACAAAUACAGAAUCUUAACACAGACAAAAAAUCAAUCGUUGAGUCGUUGAUGUCGUUAUUAGGUGGUGACCAUUUUGAAUCGUCUCAGCUAUAUUAUAGUCAUGUAUAUGACUUGAAUGAAUUACUUGUGACAGAAAAGAAUGUCAACCAUUUAUUGGAAAUGAAAAUCGACCAAGUGACAAUUAGGAAAAAUGGAUUUUUGCUCACUAUGCCCAUUGAUGAAAUUAAGGAGAAAAUAAAUAUCGUGCAACAAAUGAAACCGAAUAAUAUUGCAGACUUCAUUCCUUUGCUAAUUGCCGACGCGAUUGUAUUGGAAAAAUAUAAGCGUGAUCUCGUUGAAUUAAACGCCAUUGGAAAUGAUCAUCCGAUUUAUUAUUUUAGCGCAAAACUAGAGAUACCAGUCACUGAGGUUGCCGCUAGUUUUGCUGCAAAAAGUGAGGUUUUCUUUAAAACCAUGCCAAAUGUUCUCAAACCAAAGUUAGAUGUUCUUCUGAAACAUGGCGUAGAUCGUACAACUAUUUUGUCAUUUUCAACGAUCUACAAACUCUAUAGCGUGGCACAAAUUGACCACAGAAUCAAAAGUCUUAAAAAAACCGGCCUCGAUAAAAUAUCGGCGUAUAUGAUUGACCGUUUCAAUUCACUUGAAUUCAAAUUGUGUUUAGAAAGACGUCUUGAAGAAAAGAAGUCGCUUGAUGGAUUUGCAAAUAGCAUGGACUAUCUUUCAAACCGGUUAGGUUGGAGUGAAAAUGAUCUUAAAGACGCUUUGAAAAGGGAUUUCUCAUUAAAACAAUCUUCCGCUUUAAAGAUUAAAACUCAUUUGGAUUUUUGGCAGAGUGAAGUUGGCCUUACAGCGAAUAUAAUUACAAAUUCAUUAUAUAUUUUCCAUAGAAAUGUGGAGGAAAUGAAAUUACGAUUAUGUGAAAUGAGAAAAAUUCGCGCACCCAUCAAAUUACGCAGAAUUACUGGAACUAAAACCGUAUAUUUAAAAUAUAUUCGAAGGUAUGCAACAGAGGAAGAUUUUUCAAUAAUUGAAGCACGUAUUAAACAAAAAAAAAUGUGAUGAUUCGAAAGAAUUGAAUUUUCUUAUAAGUUAGCCUAGGCUAUGUCAUUUUUGAUAAUGAAUCAAAUAUGUAAUGUAUACAAUUGCAUAAAUAGCAUAAAAAGGAUUAAAA